AAAUUAAAACAACUUAAUAAAGUAUGUCCAAAUAUUCAACAAUUACUUCAUGAGUCAUUUUUGAAUAAGAAAAAAAGAUGAUUAAACUCAAGAAAAGGUGAAAAACUUCUAAUAAUGAAUCAUUUUUAACUAAAGUGUUACUUGCGAAACUUUGUUAACCUUUGUUCACCAAAACUCUAACCUAAUUUAUUGUCAAAAAAAAAAAAUGGACUAUUUUAAUUUACAAAUAAAAUUUAUUUCUUUGACAAUAUUUAUCUGGUCAAUCUAUUCAAUUUAUUUAUCACAAUCUCUAGUGAUUCCCGAAAACAAUACAUCAUUAUUAAAUAUCUCUUACUUUAAUGAUGACAACUUGAUGGAGCUGAAUGAUACCCACGCACAAAAACGAAGAGAAUUAAUAUUUCCUGGUACUUUAUGGUGUGGCUUAGGCAACGUAGCAGUUUAUGAUGAUGAAGUAGGAUUCUUCAGCUACACUGAUAGUUGUUGCAAAAAUCAUGACAAAUGUCGUCUUGAUGUUUCUUAUUCACAUAAAAGUAAAAUUGAAGGUGUUAUUGAUUUUUUAUUCAAAUCAGACACAAUUUGUCCAUGUGACUCGGCUUUUUACGUAUGUUUACGCAAAGCAAACACUUUUAUCUCCAAGACAGUAGGAAAAAUAUUUUUUAAUGUUCUCAGACCCACGUGCCUAACUUUAGAUCAUCCUAUUUUGUCAUGUACCAAGUAUCAGGGGAAGCUGUUUAGACACCGAUGUCUUGAGUAUGAGCUUAAUACAUCAGCACCAAUGACGAUAUAUAGGAAAGAUAAUCCAUUUUUUUACUAGAAAAUUCUCAAAUGAAUUAUUAUUUUAUUGUUCUGACAAUUCAUAAUACUUUAAAUGAAUAUUUACUCAGUAUUUUUCAAUUUUU